UCCUGUUGCGUAGGCAGUGAGUGUACAGCAUGCGGUUUAUGCACUUCAUUUGUGCGUCAACAGGGUCACGCCGAGCCACGGUUGCACUUGAGAGGGGUGUUUCGCACUUUUUUUUAUUAUUUUCUCACUACUUACUUCUGGACGUCAUCUGUUAACGGGUUGAUUUUGAUUCCUACUGGAAGAGAUCAUAUAAAGCAAGCACAGUAGCACCGUCAUGGAUUGCUGUUCGGGCCUGCUGAUUGUACUGAUUUCCAUGACAGGAGCCUUAGCAUAUGUGGAGCAAAUAUGGGACACCAAUGAUAAUAUGGAUGAGUGGCAGAUUUUACAAGUCGAUUCUGACUCAGAUGAAUCCAAACAGUGGCAAAAGGUACAAGUCCUGAGUGCCUUCCAAACUUGCACUCUAGAGUCUGGGCAGGAAAACUGGCUUGUGUCGCCCCCUAUCCCCCUGCCGCCAGAACUCCCUUCAGGUGCAUUAUUACCAUUGCGCAUCCGUGUAUCUUUCCUUAUGCACGCCUGCGACUAUACACAAUACAGCUUGGACGAAUGCAAGAAUUACAUUCAGCUGUAUGCAGGGUAUUUCCCGCCAGGGACAAAUUCUAUCAACGCAUCCAGUCUAGACGCAGUCAACCUAAUUCAAGAUAUCCAGCUCCGUUCUCCGGGUGCCCCUGACAGCGUCGACGUCGUGUAUAACGCCAGCGCCGCUCGUGCACAAGGUUCCGUGACAGACCAAAUACGGAUUGCUCUUCGUGACCAGGGAAGUUGUACUCAAGGCCUGUCCGUAUCCGUUGCAUACUUCAUUUGCAUGCCUAUACAGGGAGUGCUAGUAUCAUUCCCCAAAUCAUUCCCAUCUACUUCGCCAGUGCAAGGCUCGUGUAUAAGUGGGGCGCAUCCUUCCAACCCGCCUUUGCAGCGAGUUUGCUCUUUUGACGGAUCUUGGUCACCUCAAAAUGGAAGAUGCGUUUGCAAACCUGGGUACAUAAGGACUGCUGCAGGCUGCGUCGAGACCAGUCCUUGCGAGUCGUACCCUUGCUUCAACGGCGGCACGUGUCAUGAAGAAAAUGGCGGCUUCCGNAUUAGCCAGACCAGUCCUUGCGAGUCGUACCCUUGCUUCAACGGCGGCACGUGUCAUGAAGAAAAUGGAGGCUUCCUGUGUGAGUGUUCAGUUGGAUUUGCCGGACAGACUUGUGAAAAUGGUAAUUAA